ACGCCGUCAUUCCGUACUUAUAAAGCUCACUCCUCAAAGUUAAAAAUCUAGUCCGUUUCCACUUCUUCUCUUUGACCCAUAAUAAACACUACCUAACUUUGAACUUGCAACCUGCGAGCGCGACUUACAACCCAGCUUCAAAUUAUUCCCUUCUGUCGAAUGCCUUCGACACAACCCCAAAAAUUAGCCAUUUUAGCAAGAUAGAUCACCAUGGCGUGACUAGCAACUGUAACGCGAGCAACUCUUUUGCAGGUCUCAGAGAAGUUCAAUCAGCGGCGGAAGAAGAGACUGAUAUUUUGACUACAAACCUUCGACCUACGCCCAUUCAAAGACUCAGAAAUGAAGAUGAAAAUGGAACCAAGCCUAUCCAUUAUGCUGGUGCAUCUGAUCUAGAACCCCUCAGAAUGCUCGAAAAUUUUACUUGUUUUCCGCGCCUUUCGCCAGAAUUGCGCCUGAAGAUCCAGAGAACGAUAGCUUUCAUGCCCCGUGUUGUUGCAUUAUGGGAGCAGGCACGUCAUGAUGGGAAUACUAGACAGCAGAUCUCUAUACAAACGACAAACGCUGCCGCAAAAUUACUACAAAUUAAUCACGAAUCUCGAGUCGAAGGGUUAAGAUCUAUAAGCCUUGUUUUAGAGCUCAAUUACGUGGCGAUAUUUUAGUUAAUGAAGCUUAUGAUACAUUUGCUGAUUCUGAAGAGCUCGUCAUUUACGCAAACUUAACAGCGGAUACGGUGUAUUUUGACAGAUUCUGCUAUCAAGUCCCGUUUCUAACCGGCCUACAAAUUCGUUUUACAGUAACUAUAUGAAAAAAUUUAUGGAACACGCAAGCAGCAUUGCCAUUGAUGUUUGUAGAGCGUCAGGAAAAGUUAUAUGUGGACUAUUUGCUCCCUGCUCAAAUACUCCCCUAACAUGAAGGAAGUGCUACUCGUUGUUAGAAUCAACGACAAUCUUAUAAAUCGCACAAUAUCUAGUCAUUAGGACUUACUAGAGUUCGACGAAGGCGAAGCUAGUGGUUAUCGUGAGAAAUACCGAAGAUACUGGACUAGAAUAUGCGAUGCUUUAGGCUCUAGGUUCACGGAUCUAAGCAAGGUGGUAACGUUCAGCGAUCCAAAGAUCAAGAUCGUUGGAUGGACGAGAGGUGGUGUCCGAAUCUGAGUGGCAUCGGCAGUGUGAAGACGUGGAAAA